AUUCUUCUUCAAUCCCACAUAACAUUGGCCGAUUGACGAAUUUGAGGCAUCUCAACCUUUCUGGUUCUUUCUUUGAAGGGGAAAUCCCAACAGAAAUAUCAUACCUUUCCUAUUUGGUUUCACUUGGACUUAAUUGUUAUGAAUGUGAACUUGAUGAGAGAACAUUUGAAACAAUUCAGAACUUCACAAAUCUAGAGGUACUAUCUCUCCAUGGUGUCAACAUCUCAUCUUCAAUACCUGUGCAUAUUUCUUCAUCCUCCUUAAGGUACAUGGAUCUUGGACAUACUAAUCUGCGAGGUGUUCUCACAGAGAGCUUUUUCCUUCUGCCAGGAUUGGAAAGGCUCUAUUUGAGUUCCAAUGAACUUCUCAAAGGAGUUUUACCAAAGAUCCACCCGAGCAACACUCUGUUGGAGUUGGAUAUUUCUAACACAGGAAUCUCCGGUGAGCUGCCUGAUUCAGUUGGCACCUUGAGUUCCUUGAAUAUCUUGAACCUCAAAGGAUGCCAAUUCUCUGGUUCCAUUCCUGAUUCCAUUGGCAAUCUUACACAAAUUAAGUAUUUGGAUUUCAGUAAUAAUCAUUUCACCAGCCAUAUUCCAUCCACAAUCUCUCAGUUGAAGCAGCUCACAUAUCUACAUCUUUCGUCCAACUCUUUUUCAGGUGAAAUUCCCGACAUCUUCUCUAACCUCCAAGAGCUAAGUUAUUUAUAUCUUGGUAACAACAGCUUCAUCGGUUCGUUUCCUUCUACAAUUGUAAGCUUGCCACAUCUACAAGACUUAGACUUGUCGAGUAAUUCCCUAUCUGGCCCACUGCCUAAUAAUGUGAGCAUGCUUCAAAAGCUAACCAAACUGAAUUUGUCCUACAACUCAAUGAAUGGUACCAUACCAUCUUCUGUGUUUAGCCUCCCUUUGCUAGGUCAGUUGUGGCUCGAUAACAAUAGAUUUAGUGGAUUACCCGAUGAGCUCAAAACAAACCCAACAUUAGCACGCCUGGAUUUAAGCCAUAAUCAACUCAGUGGUUCUUUUCUUCAAUCACUUUCGAAUCUCACAAACCUUUCUAUCCUUGACCUUUCAUCGAAUAACAUCACCGUCGAUGAGGGAAUACAAAUCACUUUUCCUAGCCUACAAGAUUUGUGGUUAUCAUCUUGUGAACUGAAGGAUUUUCCACACUUCUUGAGAAAUGUGAAGUCACUUUGGGUCUUGGAUAUUUCUAACAAUAAGAUUCGUGGCCAAAUCCCAAACUGGUUUAGCGGCAUGAGGUGGGACUACUUGUGGUACCUAAACCUUUCGCAUAAUUCUUUAACAGGCCACCUACAACAAUUUCAUUUCCAUAAUCUAUGGUAUCUUGAUCUUAAUUUAACUCCCUUCAGGGUCCACUCUCUUCAUCCAUUUGUAACAUGAUCAAGCUUGAAUUUCUGGAUUUAUCACGCAACAACUUCAGUAUCUCGAUUCCAAGCUGCUUGGGAAGCAUGUCUAGUCUAAAAGUGUUGGACUUAAGAAGGAGCAAUUUCACUGGGAAUCUUUCUCCAUUAUGUGCGAAGAGCACUUCAUUGAGUACCAUUGUCUUGAAUGACAAUCACUUUGAAGGAACUCUCCCUGUGUCGUUGCUCAACUGUAGCGGUUUAGAAGUUCUUGAUAUGGGGAAUAACGCUAUAAAUGACCUAUUUCCAUCUUGGCUAGGAACACUUCAAGAACUGCAGGUUCUAAUAUUAAAGUCCAAUGUGUUCCAUGGACCAAUUAGGACUUGUCAGACUACGUUUUGCUUUCCCAAGUUGAGAAUUUUUGAUCUCUCUCAUAAUGAAUUCAGUGGCUCACUUCCUGCAAAUUUUUUUGGAAACUUCAAGGCAAUGAUUAAAUUAGAGGGUGAAGACACAGGACAGAUUGAGUACAUGAAACCACACGAAAAUACAAUUUACACAUCGUAUGACGAUUCUGUGAGUUUGGUGAUCAAAGGCCAGGAUGUUGUGCUAGAAAGAAUCAGCACAAUUAUGACAACCAUAGACCUCUCGAGCAACCAUUUUGAAGGUGUCAUUCAGCAAACACUAAAGGAUCUCAGCUCACUUUGGCUUCUCAAUUUAUCCCAUAACAAUCUCACAGGUGAUAUUCCAAUGGAAUUGGGGAAAUUGAAUACGCUUGAAGCGUUAGAUCUCUCUUGGAAUAGGCUCACUGGAAAGAUUCCGCAGGAAUUGACAAGAAUGAAUUUUCUGGCCUUCUUAAACCUCUCUCAUAAUCUUCUUAUUGGACCAAUUCCUCAAGGUCCACAAUUCAACACAUUUGAAAAUGACUCGUAUGGCGGUAACCUUGAUUUAUGUGGUCCUCCUUUAUCAAAGCAAUGUGGAACGAGUGAUCCAUCACAUGCUCCUCAACCAUUGGACUCUGAAGAAGAUGAAGACGAGUCAUAUUUUUUAAGUGGAUUUACUUGGGAAUCAGUAGUCAUAGGCUACAGUUUUGGACUAGUUGUUGGAACUGUUUUGUGGAGCCUCAUGUUUAAAUAUCGUAAGCCAGAAUGGUUUGUGGAAUUUUUUGAAGGCAUUUAUCCCAAGAAAAUGAGAAGGUCAAUGAAGAGAGCUCAGAGACGACGGACUUAAUGGAAGAUUGCAGGAGUGGACUUUUUUGUUUUUUAAUUUUCUUUUUGUUGUUUGAAUAUGUUUGACAGCAAUAUAAUUGCAUGUGUUAUUUUGUGAAU